UUCUGUGAAGCUCUAAUCGCCCUAAAAUAUGAGCUUCAUAUUACCGAAUCCGUACAGAUUAGUUAGCGGCGCCAUUCUAGAGGUCUUGUAUUCCUGAACUAAUUGCUUCCACGUCCUCUGAUCUUUCUUUCGGGGGAACGGCGUGUAUCACGCAGAAAAUGGCAGAGCUGGUUGGACCAGGCCGCCUUAUCUCUGGUGGCCUCUGCACUGCCUGGCACUCAGCCGCCAGCACAUCUCCUCGUGGCGGUGUGAUACACGCCGCCAGCAAUCUCACCAAUCUUACCAGCACAUCUCCUCGUGCUUCUCACCAAUCUUACCAGUGUCAUCAGUCUUAUAAACCUUGCCAUUCUUACCAGUCUUAUCAACCUUACCUGAAUUUGUCCCGUCAUGGCUCCCCCACUCGGCAAUUGCGGACCGUCGGAUUCAGCUGCUGUGGUUUCCCAAAUCGACGGUUAGAGCGUGAUAGCGUUAACCAAUCGCGGAGGAGAGGGUUCAGCUGCCGUGCCAAGUCAGUCAUCGAAGGCGACGACAUCCGAGAGGCGUUUCCUGACGUACCGCCGCACAAGCACAAGCACAAGCACCGCCACCAACCAGCUCAGCUAGGAGGUUCAGAGGCGCCGAUAGAGACAGAUUUGGCUUUUGAGUCGACUCAAAAUACACCGACAGAGACAGAUUCGGGGCGAGAAGAGAAGGAGGCAGGAAGAGAGACACGGACUGAGGAGGGGCAAGACUUGGUGACAAAGUCUCAGCCAGAGGGGCUCACCCUGCAGUCCCUGCUGGCUCGCUCCGCGUCUCUACCCCGGUCUAUCUCCCCUGAGGUGGUGGCCAUCGCCAGUGUGUACUUCGUGCAGGGCGUGCUGGGCCUUGCUCGUCUGGCCGUCACCUUUCUGCUCAAGGACGACUUCCAGCUCGAUCCGGCUGAGGUGGCGGUGCUAUCGGGCCUCUCCUCGCUCCCCUGGCUCAUCAAGCCCGUCUACGGCUUCAUCAGCGACGGCAUCCCGCUCUUCGGCUACCGCCGCCGCUCCUACCUCAUUGCCUGCGGGCUGCUGGGCUCCCUCGCGUGGGCCUCCCUGGCGUCGGUGGUGGGGGAUAAGUACUCCGCUGUCGCUAUGAUCCUGCUCUCCUCGCUGUCUGCUGCUGUUUCCGAUGUGGUGGUCGACUCAAUGGUGGUGCAGAGAGCUAGAGGCGAGUCCCAGGCCACAUCAGGGGGGUUGCAGUCGCUGUGUUGGGGGUCGUCAGCAGUGGGUGCUGUUCUCUCAGCGUAUUUCAGUGGUUCGCUCAUCGAGAACUAUGGUACUAGGUUUGUGUUCGGAGUGACAGCCCUACUGCCGCUCAUCACCACGGCAGUCGGAUUCUACAUUCCAGAAGACAGGGUCACUGCCAACAAGAGCACAGUCACUAACGAUUCGGAUUCCACAGGUGGCAAGGGGGCAGCAGCAGCAGCAGAAGGGGCAGGAGGACGGGUAGUGAGAGGUGGAGGAGCAGCAGCAGAAGGGGUGUUGAUAAGAGGAGAAGCAGGGGAAGUGACAGCAGGGGGUGCAGGAGCAUUGGCAGUAGGAGGGCCGAGCGGGUCAUGGGCGUGGGCGUGGGGUCAGCUGGUGUUUCUGUGGGAGACAGUGCGGCAGCCCGCCAUUCUGCUGCCCACCACCUUCAUCUUCCUCUGGCAGGCCACCCCUCACUCCGAGACAGCAAUGUUCUACUUCACCACCAACGAGCUUGGGUUUGGCCCUGAGUUUCUAGGCCGUGUCCGCCUCGUGACAGCCCUCGCAUCCCUGGCUGGUGUUGGUCUGUUCAACUUCUAUCUCAAGGAAGUGCCUCUGAGGAAGCUGUUCCUGUGGACCAACGUCGUGGGGGCCAUCCUUGGCUCCACACAGCUACUCCUUGUCACCGGUCUUAACCGCACUCUGGGCAUCAGCGACCAGUACUUUUUGCUGGGAGAUUCUCUCAUCCUCACGGUGCUCGGGCAGAUCUCCUUCAUGCCAGUGCUGGUGCUGGCGGCCAGAGUCUGCCCCCCCGGCAUCGAGGCAACUUUAUUCGCAACGCUCAUGUCUGUUAGCAACGGAGCCAGUGUCUUUGGUGGGGUCAUGGGCGCUGGUCUCACCAACUGGCUUGGCGUCACGAGCACCAAUUUCGCCAAUCUGCCCACGCUCGUUGCCAUCUGUAACUUCUCCUCGUUGCUCGUGCUGCCGUUUCUGAACCUGCUCCCCGCUGCUGUCAGCGCAAACUCAGACUCCGAAGACGAGUAGCGUUUGUACAGUAUGAUAUUUGAUGUACAGUGAUGUCUAAGUGUUCGUGUAACCUAUGAGCAAAUAUAAUUCUGAUGCCAACACAGUGCGAUAAAAAGUUAGUUCGAAUCACCAUUUUCCUAGGAGGACACGCCCUGAGUCAACUCAGAAGUCUUCCAAGCACAGAAUCAUCAUUACCGGAUCAUC